UAACAAAAUUUUGAGGAUUUUAGAUAUUAGAUACGGUAGCACGAAAUGUCACAAUCUACUUAAUUGUCUGGUUGUAAAUAUGGCGACGGAAAAGUGACAAUGUAACUUCCUUCUUUUUGGUAUCAUGAGAAUAACUAAUGCUAAUAAACUAAGGAAUAACUACAAGUCAAUAAUAUGGUCGUAAGUCCGGGACUGGCAUUUUUGGUGUAUCCUUCGGCUGUGUUACAACUUCCUGGCUCACCACUAUGGUCGUGUUUAUUCUUCUUUAUGCUUCUUCUAAUUGGUCUCGAUUCACAGUUUUGUACUAUGGAAGGCUUCAUUACUGCCAUUAUUGACGAGUGGCCACAACUGUUGCGGAAGCGCAAAGAAAUAUUCAUAGCUGUAGUCUGCACGCUUAGUUAUCUAGUGGGACUUACGUGUAUAUCACAGGGAGGAAUGUACAUAUUUCAAAUAUUGGACUCGUAUGCGGUGAGUGGAUUUUGCUUGCUGUGGUUGAUAUUUUUUGAAUGUAUAUCCAUAUCAUGGUGUUAUGGAGUCGAUCGUUUUUACGAUGGUAUUAAAGAUAUGAUCGGGUAUUAUCCCAUGGUUUGGUGGAAGUUUUGUUGGUGUAUUACAACUCCGCUUAUUUGCAUGGGCGUAUUUUUCUUUAAUAUUGUGCAAUGGAAACCAAUUAAAUAUCUGGAUUACAAUUAUCCUUGGUGGGCACAUGCGUUCGGCUGGUUUACGGCGCUGUCGUCGAUGCUUUACAUUCCUGCGUACAUGUUUUGGUUGUGGAAGCGAACACCUGGCGGUGCGGGAGAGAAAAUCCGUGCGAUUGUGCGAAUAGACGAAGAUGUUACGCACCUCAGAGAAAAAAUGCAGCAGGAGGCAGCUAAAAAAGUUGAGCUCUAUUCACUGUAGAGCCAUUUAGCGACACACAUAAAACUGUAUUUUAUACACUAGUUUUACAAGUACAUAGGCACCUAAAGAUGUUGAAUAAAUUAAACAUUUCACCAUCAUUGAAGCACGAGACUUUUAUGUAACGCGAUACGUACAGACAUACAAAUACAUACACACUUACAUAGUAUAAUGAUACUUACAUAUGUAUAUACGUAUAUGCAAUCACAUAAGCAAAUAAGUGCUCCAGUAGUAUAGAUUUACAGUUUAUUCGAUUUUUGAUAAUUUUGUAACGGGUAUUCAAUAUUCUAAAAUGGUGUAAAAAUUUAGUCAAGACUUAAUUUAACUUACCGUAAGAAAUCGCCAAUGAUUACUCAACACGUCAACUUAAGUCAGAAGCGAAAAUAUUUUGUGUUUUUGCAUUUUUUUUUUAGAUGUUUGACAGUUCACGCGCUAAAAUGGCACAUCAAAAAAAUUCGUGCAAAAAAAAAGUUUGCAUUCAUUCAUUUUUAAGAAAUACAAAGCGCACAAUACAAAUAACACAAAUUCCCUCACCGGUCUCAAUUUCCGUAAGGCCGUAACUUAAGAACCUAAAAUCUGCAGGUUCUUAAGUUUCUAACGGUAAGUUAAGUAUUACCUAACCGCUAACACAGGCUGACUUCCAAAACGUCAAUUGCUUUGCAUACAUACAAAGUAUAAUGUCCCAUAACGCCGAACU